UGCUUGCGCGCGAGAAAGCAAAACAAAAAUAAAGCAAAAGAUUCAGGGAGUCAGGUUCGUCUAUUGUUGGAAGAUAAGUGAAAUAUAAUCAUGUCUAGUGGUGGAGAAGACAAUUUACAAUGGAGCGGUUUGCUUGAAUUUCGAGAUACUAAACACGAGAUUGUUGUUAAGGUUGAAAAUGAUGAGCUGUUGUUAAUUCAAAUUGAAAAUUGUGAAACUUUUGACCAAUGGGAAGGAAAAUACGAUGUUGCAUAUAUUGAAGAGUUGUCCCACAAGACUGGAAACUUUAAACAAUUUGGUGUUUUUUGUAGCAUGUUGGAAUCUGCACUUCUUCAGAACUCCGAAUCCGUCACAUUGGAUCUCCUGACAUAUGAAGAUUUGAAAGUGCUACGUGAACAAAAACUGGGCAAACAGAGACGUCGACAUAAACAAAUUGUGGAGAAUAAAUUGCAAACAAAGAGAUAUCUCAUCAUGACCUACUCUGUGGAGUUCGAUCAGAUUCAUUAUCCACUCCCAUUGACAUACAUAGGAAAAACAGAUCCCGCCAGUCUGAAAAAUCAAAUCUGUGAUUUGAAACAUGAGAUAGAGAAUUUAAAAAGACAGUUAAGCAGAGGAGGGAGGUUACAUGGUAGUGAGGCUGAAUAUGAAAAGCUUCUAAUAGAAAAUAAAGAACUUCGAGAACUUCUUGCAGAAUCACAACAAAGGUUGCAGGAUGUUGGGACAGGAAAUGUGUCAAAGGAGUUAAAAGUAUUGAAGAAAGUCGUACAAAAUCUCGAGACGGACUUGUUAAAAGAAAGGAGCAAACAUCAGAGAGUAAUGACGAAGAAAAAGAAGGAAUAUGAUGAAUUACUGGAAGAGUUUGAAGAGUUGAAAGCAAACGAGCGAAAUUAUCGCGUAAGAUGUAAAAACCUGACAGAGGAACUUGCGAUGCUUAAAAGAAACUCUCGUUUUUCUCCAUUGACAAACAACCGGAUACCGAGGCAUAAUUCGUCUGGAAACAAACCCAAAUCAUACAAUACACCACGUGAGAGGAAGAACUCGACUUCGUCACAACGAGGGAGAUCUACAUCGCGUUCGAUUUCGCGCAACAGAGAUCGUUCUGCAUCAGCAUCCUCAAUUGGAAGGACUCCUUCGCCUGGUUUUCGGAGAUUCGACCCAUCAGCAUAUAUUAAAGAAAAAGAACGUAAGAGACAAGAAGCUGAAACUAGCCGCAGUCGACGCUUCACUCCAUCGUCGAACUCGAAAAGAAAUAGAACGCCGACGUCUUUUGGAGAUAGGCAGAAACCACCUUGCGGUCUAAAUGGUCGACAUAGUUCAGUUAAAGGCAAAUCAAACGCACGUGCGUCAUCUGGUAGUGAUUACGAAAAUAUCAAACAUAGAACUAGUGGAUCAGGGAAAAGACAAUCACAUCGUAAUCGCAACAGAUCUAUCAAGUCGGAUACUUCAGAUGAUGAGUUUUAUAGGAGGAACAUUCCAAAAUCACGCGUAGCUCCAGCUAGAAAUUCAAAAAGUCCAAAAAAGAAUCAUCAUGCCGAUCAAGAUGAAGAUUGCACGGAACGUUCGAUUGGCAUAGCAGAAAUAGAUGCUAGGUUAGAAGCGUUACAAAGAUUUAUGAAAGAUAACAUGGACUAAACUUUAACGUGCCAGAUUGUUGAGAUAUUUUAAAAUGAUUUGUAUAUUUAAAAUUAUUUAUACUUUGUAGAUAUAUAUAUAUUUUUUAAUUUUUA